UGAGCCGUUUCCUCAUGAAUGCAAGACAUUGACCAUUACCAGACAUCCACACACCUCAGAUUAUCAAUAUUUUGCUGUCCUAUUCUAAUUUUAAUUUACAGGAUAUUUAUCUACAAGAGUAUUAGAGUGCAUUCUUUGCAACACAUUUCUGAACUAGCAAGAUUUUCAAGGUGUAAUCAAAUAACAUUUUUUUCAUGAGGGUAAAGGCAUGCUUAGCAAAGCUUAACUUAUUGUUUAUAAUUUCUAACCAUAGAAAUGCUACAUGGCUUCUUAACUUGCCUUCUACCAAGGCGUUGUUCGCACUGUGAGUAGAGGGAUAGAAAAUAUCUCCCGUUCCGACGCAGAAGUUGUGUGUUCAUAACCAGAAAAGACUCUCGGUGUCGCAGGCUGGCUGAUGGUGCUCCGAGCUCAGCAACGUUGUUGCUCAGAAUAGGUCCCGGGCGCCAUUGCGCUUGAACGAGUCGGAGCCUUUGAUUCAGUGGUAGGAAGAAAGCCUUACUCAGGUUUCUUUCAUUGCCAAAGAAUGCUUUCCUUUCGGUCGACAAUUGGAGUUCUGAAGGUCAGAUUGGGGAAGGGCAUUGAGGCUGCGCACUGAGCGAAGCCUGUCGCGUGAUUUGCUGUUGCUGCUCUCACCCUUACGUUCUAGUAACGCUCUCAUGCAUUCUCUGGUACUCGAAAAUUUGACGUGAGUGAAGCGAGGCGCCUCAGAGGUGGUAAGGUGCAGCUAGGCGAAACCUCGGAGUGAGCUCUGGUGGAAGAGCGGAGAGGGCCCCGAGACAAGAUUCAGCUCCUGAUGCUUGAAGAAAGAGAGAGGAGGCUCACGGAGGAAUUAGUAAAUUCUGUAAAUAACUGAAUCUGGAUUUACAGAGAUGAAGGAUAUUAAUUUAAAUGAUUUGCCUCCGAAGCAGCUCAAGCAGCUAUGCAUCGAGCAUGGCAUUCGCACAGCCGGUGUAAAGCGUGAAGUUCUUGUCCGAUUGCUGUGCACUAAACUGCACCAUGCAGCAUCCCAUCCGUUCAGGUUAACGACGUCAAGCUGUCAUACGAGUGAAGAUCCGCAGAUAUCAACCAAUGUCAGAGGUGAAUCUGCAGAGAAGGCCUCGACUAAAUCCACCUUUCAAAGGCAGAGCCUAAGUUCUCUUGUAUUUGUGGAUGGUCCUUUGACGGAUGACAAACCCAAAUGGAGUGAGAAGCAUAUUUCUUCAAGUCCAACACUGUCCCGAAAAACGAUCUUGACAAAGUCAAAUUUGUCACGAGCACGUCGGUCAGAUCUUUUGCACAAGAAGGUGGAUGAUGGUUUAUCUCCGCUCUAUAAACUUCCUCAAGACUUACUGCCCCAGAAAUGUGAUGGAUCUCCUGCUAAGAGUCGUGGUAAUGUUGGUGCUCGAGAAGGAAAUGUCAAAAAAACUUCGACCAGAGUCAAGCACCCUGAUGGUUAUCUACGCGUGAAGUUGAAUGAAAUUCCAGAAGUCCUGAAAUCCGCAGAUGUCCACCCUGAAGCAGCAACAACCGCUCGAGCUACUGAAAAUGGCGCAAGUGUCACUGCUGCAGGUUCAAUUGAUUUAGACUCAUAUUGUUCCUGCAGUGUUACGGAAAUUGCCACUGAUGCUAGACAUCAUGUGUUGUCAGAGGAGUCUGACCUCAAUGACAAUCGUAGCGUCUCGUGUGAGAUGGUUAAUGAGAGCCUGAUGCAGGCAUCUAUUGACACAACUGACAGCGACGGAGCUGAACUUGUUACAGGCAACCUUGAAUCCAAUUCGGGGGAUAGUUUGUUGGUGGAUCAGGAGACCCGACGGCCAGUUUCUGAAAAGCUAUCGGUUGCCCAUAUUUCUGACGCUCUAUUACGGAUAAAAUUAUUAGAGAGUUUUAACAUAUUCAGCACUAGUAUUGGUAAUCCCAAUAUUGGGAGACAGCUUACCGUUGCAGAAGCUGGCGAUGGCUUUAUCUCUGCUUAUUCUCAGAGCCCAGAUCAUGCAUCAAACCACGAAAUAUCCAGAUUGCAGGGUAGCGAAGCGGAGCAUGUUGGAGAUGCCUCCACCAAUUCAGGUUUAGAUCAUUUCCCAGGAAUUGCUGGUUUUGAGGACCGAAUUAAUAUGCCAUGCAACGAACAAUCAUGUGUAAGCGGUUGCCAAUUUCCUUUAGUACGAAGUAAGUCGACCGUCGUCUCUGAAGUCCCAGAUUUAGCGAGUGUUGAAAAGUUAGUCACAAUGAGGCGGGGCUUGAAAUUUUGUCGCAUCAAUAGGGUCUUUGAAGAAGAUUUAGACAUAUUAAAGACUAAUGACGGCGUUAGGGAAACGCUCAUGACUUCAACAGACACAACUCAACUCAAUCAGGUUGCUCCUGAUAUUCUACUUUUAGACGGUCCUAAUGAUUACGACGACUUUGGCAAUCACGAGAACUGGAGAGUGACAUUAUCCACUGCAAAUGAAGACGCUGACAACACAAAACAUGGAGAUAUCAAGGAUGGAAAGAUUAUUCGUUAUCCAUCUGACUCAAUCCUAAACGGUAUCCAAGAUUCUAAACCGUUCCCUUCAGAACUCGACUCCAAGAAGAAUGUUACGAAGUGGGGCUGUGUUUCUGCUUUAAAUGAUAUCUCCGAGGAUGCAAGUAUUAAAGAAGUUAAUGAUAUCUGUAGUCUCCCUGAACUCAAGCUCGCUGAAGGUAGUGAAAUUGGUCACAGUUUGAGGCAGAAUAUCGAUCGAAUGAAUUGGCUGCCUCAGACGCAGUUCAAAGCAACACCUCCUGAAAUGGUCGCAUCGGACAUAGAAGCAACAAACGCUGAAAAUGAACACGGAGCUGCUGGAUCUCACUUUUCAAUUCCCUUCCAUCUUGACUCACCCAGGUUCUCAGAUGAAUCCCUUGAAUCAGGCGUCGUGGUCAACGUCUCACAAGACACCAUUGAACGAAGUGUAUACAACGAAGAGGGAAUACCAGCCAAUUGUACUGAAUCAUUUCUAAGGGGUGCAUGUGAAGUUACAGAGUCUACGUCUCCUGCUCCUGCAGAAAGAGAAAGAAGUAGGUCUUUCAACUGCACUCAAGAGAUCUUGGACGGUCUCAGCGAUGAAAACAAAGCAGCAGCUUUCAACCUUCAGAUUUCUGAAGAAGGGGAAGAGAGACUUGGGGUGCGCAGUGCUUGCGAAGGACACGAAGAUACAUGCGUCCUUAUUCAAGCACAGGCAUUAGCUGGAGUAGCAGCUAGUUCAACAGACUUGAAGGAACAUGAAUCUCGACAUCAGACCUUACUUGUUCAAGAUGCUGUUAAUUUGCAAGGAGACAGACAUUCCUUAGAGAAAAAUUAUGCUGAUCCAGCUUCUGAUACAUUUGAGAAAGCUUACGAAGAUACUGCAGCCACUUCUCACAUAGGUAAGAGAGAGAAGAUUUUGACCGUCGGGCUCAAAAUGGUUAUUGUUGUCGGGACUCUCACUGUUGGAAUUUUAAAAUUUAGGACGUCUAAGCGUAAAUUAGAAGAUAAAAGUUAGAAACUCUCGACACAGCAACCUGAGAUAUCUGUUCAUUCUGCUCAUCGAAAACUCUCCGUCCUCAAACUCUUGGCCUACUGUAAUUUUUCUCCAGAAAAUGUCCAGGAAUCAUUGAAUACUUGUAACCGAUUUGACUUUUUUCUUCA